AUGUUCUUGCAUGAAUUUCUGCCUGAGUCUCGAGAAGUUGGAUGGCUAUCUCCCAAGAAGAAUAAAAAAGUGAUUGAAUUAAGCAAGAAAUAUGAGCGCUAUCUUGUUUACGGCCAAGUGCAAACAAACGUGGAUAGCGUGGCCCAUUUUAUGAUUCGGGAUUCUUACAAGUCUGGAAAAAUUAUCAGAGUUCUGAAGAGCCUUUGGACUUCUGACAGCGAGUCAGAAUUCCUCGAUACGUACUCUAUCUCUUCCAGCCACCAUAUGUUGUUCUGGGAUCAAAAAUUGAGAAAUCUUAACUUUGCGAAUCGCUUUUGUACAGCCAUUCCAAAGAAACAGCACAAAGGAGUGCAACAGGCUCUUGCUUUGGACUUUAGUCUAGAAAAGGGCAAGACUCUGAAUGAAGGCGAUAUCGAAUUUGCAUGUGCCUUGCGCCAUGAAAAUAUAUUCAGAUGUCUUUUUGGUGCCUUUGUCAUUGUCAUGUUCAGUUUGCUUCAAGUAUAUUGA